AUGCUACUCGCCUUCCAGGAUGGGGACCGCGUGAUCUUCACUGCACCUGUUAGGAGAUGCUGCAAGAUAUGGCUACCAACCGGCGAUCUUGUUGUCAGUUUCUAUCCAGACUACCUGAAUGAGUGUUUGGAGAUGUGUAGGCACCUUGGAACGAUUGUAAGACACAAGGUGGACUUAGGGGAAAACAUACUACUCGCAUGCCUCCCCAUCAGUAGUAUCACCGUUACACUGGAGGUUUCAACUCAGGCGUCACAGUUUGAGACACCUUCUAACCGCACCAUUCAAGUAUUUGAACCAUGGAAUGCACGUAACUUCCCUUUGCGGAAUGCAAUCUCGGUUGAAGGAGCACAGUCCACAGUGUCUGCGACUCGUCUUCGCAGUGGAAAAAGUCUGAUCAACGGUCGUGAUCUUCGAGGACCAGAUGAUAUAUUUGAAGUCUCUGAAAAGCCAGCAGACGUCUCUUCAUCAGAAGAACUUGAAGGUAUCUUGGAGACCUUGAACGGUGGCACAUCCUCCUCCUGCUCAGAAAACCCCACCGCCGAUACUCCGGUGGUGUUGGCCUACAAUGCACGAGUUCGCCAGUCCAUCACCGCCCGUGAGUUACCCAGAAAGGUGGGCCCUCGACUUGUGCGUUCUGCCUCCUACUAUGGGGAGAAUUCUCCCUUUAAGCUACACAAUUCAGACGAGUUCAACAGCAAUGGUACUUCUGAAGCGAGCUUGAUUGGCGAAUUUGUUCCGAUUCUGCCCACAUCUGCGUCCACUGAAGUUCGAUUAGCUGAAAUAUCUCCGAACAAGGACAAUACCGAUCACCUAGUCCUGUUUGGUCACCCCGAUGAAUCCGCGGAUUCCGGGGAACGGAAGACACCCCAGCCUGAAAUGAAUGAAUUCCACCAGGGAGAAGCAAAUCCUUUGGAGGAUGGCUUCCCGUUCAAACCGCGGGUCAGUGAAAUGUCAGCCGUGCUGGAACAAGGAGCACAUGGUUCAGGCUUAGCUUGCAAAAAGCUUCUGAUAAAAGUUGUAAAGGCGGAAGGGCUCUCGCUGAAA